GAAAGGCAACUUUGUGAGGCAAGGCUGAAGAGAACCUGUCGGCAUCCGUGAAUGAAAGCGAGACGGCCCUGGUUCUUCUCUGCACCAGCCGUAGCUUUUGGGGAUCCAUCCGGCCCAAGGACCAUGGGCAGGUUGGUGCUGCUGGGCCUUGCCACUCUGUUCCUGAUGCGGAAGAGCACGCCCAGCCCCUUGGAGAGAUGUUUUGAGGAUCCAGAAUAUGAGGGGCUGCUGGAUAUCGCUAAGGAUGGGUUGGGCAAAGCUGAAGAACCAAGGCGGAUUGCGAUUGUGGGAGCCGGGGUUGCUGGACUUACAGCUGGGAAAGUGCUGCUGGACGCUGGACACAAGGUGACAAUUCUAGAAGCCAGCAGCUGCGUGGGAGGCAGGAUGGAGACUUACCGUGAUCCCGAGGGGGGCUGGUAUGUGGAUUUGGGCCCGAGGCGCCUGCCUUUCAGCCACAGAAUUGUCCGGGAAUAUGUUGCAAAAUAUGGCCUGAAAUUAAACUAUUAUUCAGAUGGCAAUGGCAACACCUGGUACCUGGUGAACAAUAUCCGAGCCAGAGUCAAAGAGGUGGAGAAGAAUCCAGACAUUCUGGGAUACCCUGUAGAUCCCUCCGAACGUGGGAAGUCUGCUGUGGAGCUGUAUUAUGAAGCGUUGAAACCAAUAGAAGAGGACUUGGCGAGAUCAAACUGCAGCCAUGUGCUUGAAAAAUACGAUGCCUAUUCUCUCAAGGCAUAUCUGAUUGAAAAGGGAAAUCUAAGCCAUGCAGCCGUCCGAAUGAUUGGAGACCUGAUGAACCUGAGCGCCGAGUUUUCCCGCAGUUUCAUUGAAUUCCUCCGAGAAGUUUUCCUGUUUACCCAUGAAAAGAGGUAUGAUGAGAUUGCUGGUGGGUUCGAUAUGCUGCCCAGGGCUAUUCACCAGUCGCUCCCAGCUGGCGCUGUGAUGCUCAACAGCACCGUGGCGGAGAUCCUCAGAGAAGGGGACACAGUGUCGGUACUCUACCACCCUUCCAGCUCCCUGGAGUCGUCAGGCACCAUCCUGGCUGACUACGUCAUUGUCACGUCCACGGCAGAGGCCACACGCCUCAUCCGCUUCCACCCUCCCCUCUCGCCUGCCAAGACCCAGGCGCUUCGUUCUCUGCGCUCCACGGGAGCCACCAAAGUGGCCUUGGCCUGUGCUAAGAAGUUCUGGGAGGAAGAAGGAGAAGAGAUCUACGGUGGAACCUCCACCAGUGACCUGCCCUCCAGGAUCACCACUUACCCCAACCGCAACUUCUCUGGCGGCCUGGGUGUCAUCCUGGGCUCCCAGACAUACGGGGAUGACUCGGAGUUUUUCGCCCCCCUCAGCCCCCAACAGGCUGUCGGGGUGGUUCUGAGGGACUUGUCCACUAUCCACCGGCGCCCCCUGGAAGAGCUGAGGCGUCUUUGCAGCCGGUGGGUGGUCAAAAAAUGGAACCUGGACCCCCACGCCAUGGGGGCCUUCACCCUCUUAUGGCCUUACCAGCUGAGUGAACACGCAGAGGCCCUCGCCCGCAAGGAGGGGAGGGUCUAUUUUGCCGGGGAGCACACGGCUUUGCCACAUGGUUGGAUUGACACUGCGAUGAAAUCGGCCCUGAGGGCAGCCAGGGAUGUCCACCAGCACGCAGGGGCACAGGGUUGUGGUCAUGAGACAGGCAUUUUUGGUGACCAAGGGAGUAGCUCGGAAGUUGUAAACCUCCUUGAUCCGUUGUAAGGCUAUGCCGGCUUGAAAAAUUCAGAAGCAGUGAGUAAAUAAAGGUGACUCAUCUGAAUCGUUUUCAUCAGUGUUUGAAAACACACGGAAUAUUAUUCUGUAAGCCCUUGUGAAAUGGUUUGCCUGCUCUUUUAAGUUGCCCCCACUCGGAUCUGGAAUAUGCCUCUACCUCUGAGUCCACAUCUUCUGCCAGCCAGGUGGGGAUCUUCCAAAUGUGACUUUGCAACACUUCGAAUUAACCUCCGUCACCCUUAGUAAUGUUAGCACGUAUCACAUAAUCAGAUGUGUUUGGCUACGUAACACAAUAGAGGUGUCAUGCUCGCCAAUUGGUUGGGAUCACCCAUGUGACUCAUGUAGGAAGCGUCACCCUCAUUCUUGCAUGCCUCACUAGUUCGCAGUAAUAUCAUCAGAUACCUAAUUUGUACUAGCUAAGUGAUGACAUCCUGUUUUUUGCUUUGACUCCUGAUUGGCUACUCUAUAGACCCAUGCGGCCAAUCCAGGGUGGAGAAAGCAUCAGAAAACUCUCUCUGUGUGUAUGAGUGAGUAUCAAGCCACUGCUGUGGCUGUAGAGGCUGAUACGGGAGAGACAUGUUUUGUUGCAGCUAGGGCAGAUGAAGGUGUCCGGUUGUGCUGCGGCAGGUGCUUCAUGGCAUAUCUUCUUUCUGCAGUCCUCCCAGCAGCCAUUCCUCCUCUGGUCACUGCUCUUAU